AUGUUUUGGAUUGGCUGUUAUCCAGGCACCUUGCUCCUUGUAUCCCUUUUCCAUCUCAGCCAUCCUUGGUCAGUGAAUAAUUUCCUGAUGACUGGUCCCAAGGCAUACCUCAUCUACUCUAGCAGUGUUGCAGCUGGUGCACAGAGUGGUAUUGAGGAAUGCAAGUUCCAGUUUGCUUGGGAUCGUUGGAACUGUCCUGAGAGAGCUUUGCAACUUUCUAGCCAUGGAGGACUUCGCAGUGCUAACCGAGAAACAGCUUUUGUUCAUGCAAUCAGCUCAGCUGGGGUCAUGUACACAUUGACACGAAACUGCAGCCUUGGGGACUUUGACAAUUGUGGAUGUGAUGAUUCUCGCAAUGGACAGUUUGGAGGCCAAGGAUGGCUGUGGGGAGGCUGCAGUGACAAUGUGGGCUUUGGGGAAGCCAUUUCCAAGCAGUUUGUGGAUGCCCUUGAAACAGGGCAGGAUGCCAGAGCAGCAAUGAAUCUGCAUAACAAUGAAGCUGGCCGAAAGGCAGUGAAAGGAACUAUGAAGAGAACCUGCAAGUGUCACGGGGUUUCAGGCAGCUGCACCACCCAGACCUGCUGGCUGCAACUCCCUGAGUUUCGAGAAGUGGGGACAUACCUGAAAGAGAAGUACCACAAAGGACUGAAAGUAGACAUACUGAAAGGGGUGGCCAAUAGCGCUGCAAGUCGAGGUGCCAUCGUGGAAACCUUCAGCUCAAUCUCCAAAAAGGAGCUUGUCCACCUGGAAGACUCUCCUGACUACUGCUUGGAGAACAAGACUUUGGGCCUCUUGGGUACGGAAGGCCGGGAGUGUCUGAAGAGAGGCAAGGCCCUGAGUAAGUGGGAGAAACGGAGCUGCCAGCGCCUGUGUGCAGACUGUGGGUUGGCUGUGCAGGAACAGCGAGCAGAAAUGGUGUCGAGCUGCAACUGCAAAUUCCAUUGGUGUUGUGCAGUUCGUUGUGAACAGUGUCGCAAACGGGUCACCAAGUAUCACUGUGUCCGCAAGGAGAAGGGAGAGCAGCAUGGGAGCAAUGUGCCUCCACGCAAGCUCAGGAGGAAGCAGCCUUAG